ACCAUGAAGAUAGAGGUCAAACUCCAGAAACGCAUGAAUGCACUCAAAACUAACAGCUUUGCUUGUGCCUGGGCAUAAUGUGUUCAGUCGUUUUCUUCUUCAUCUCCUUGUCUUUCCAGGAAGUGCUGGAGGCCAAAUGCGAGCCCUCCGGCGACGACCCGCCGCAGGGGGAGCUCGGGAUCCUCAGCGUGAACUCUCUGAGACGCAGCGUCAGCCAGGUGAUGGACGGCAAGUCCCUCGCGGGAGACGACGGAGCGUGGGACCCGAACGUCUCGGGCCACGACAGUGGGAUGUUUAUGGACGACGAGGAAUUUGUUGACACCAUCAAAGGUUUCAGCACCGUGAGGAAGGAGCACACCAUGUUCACCGACACCAACCUGUGACCCGAGGACGACCUUUGAACCUGACGGGACAGUGCAGCCAUGCGCUCACGUGAAAUCCACCUUGUGUUCAGUCUCCGACCCGUGAAGAGUCACUGCAGCUGGUUAGAAGUUAGUAUGAGGUGAGCCUCAGCUGAGGGGAAGUUCAUUUCCCCUCAACGAUGAAAAACGAAGGAAGAAGAAGUCAACGAGAUUCAUGAAGAGACCGUUGGAAUACUGUGGCAACCAAGUGAAGAAUGAAGUGUA